AAGGACGGUCUAUAUCUCCAGCUAAAAAGGAAACAUGUCUUCUUCGUAUGUCGUUCCCAGUAAGAAACUCGGUCAAGAGGAGACCGUUGAACCCACCAUUCACCGCAUCCGUAUCACCCUCACCUCCCGUAACGUUGCCAGUCUUGAAAAGGUCUCCAACGAUUUGAUCCAGCGCUCUAAGGAGAAGAAGUUGAAGGUCAAAGGUCCCGUCCGCAUGCCUACCAAGAUCCUCAAGGUCACCACUCGUAAAACCCCUUGUGGUAACGGUUCCAAGACCUUUGAUACUUAUGAGAUGAAAAUCCACAAGCGUCUUAUCGAUCUCCACUCUCCCUCCGAGAUUGUCAAGCAGAUUACAUCCAUCUCUAUUGAGCCCGGAGUUGAGGUUGAAGUUACCAUCCAGAACGCUUAAAUGCGCUGGUAACCAAGUUUCGGCUGAAUCCUCAUUUUUGAGAGUUUGAAACCAGCGAAUUUUGAAAUUUCUGGAUCUGAAAUGAAUUGCUUCGUAAUGUUUUAUUCUCUCAAA